CUAUUCAUUAUCAGGUGAAGUUUGUGUAGACAUCUACAUGGACACACACAUAAAUAUAAGCAUAUUACCUUUGUGAGUUGUCCAAAAGUAAUGUAUGAAGAGAUAAUUGAUCUUAGUGAGACUCUCUUCCCCGCCGAACGGUUCCGCUCACCUAUGCGCAGGCCCGAGAAACAUCGGAUUGUUAAUGGCGAAAUCUGUCGGAAUGAUUUGCAGGAGGAUGAACCAGUGAAGGAUGCAACAACCGAUGCUGUCGAAUAUGCUCCGCCACGCCACUACCGUCCUCGAUCGGCAUAGCCAUUGUUGCCGUCGGUAUAUACCGCCACCGCGUGGGCGGAGCUGCCUUCAAUCAGAUCUGUGAUCAUUCGCAUUCCGAAUCUCACUCUCACUGAUCGCGAGAACCAUCAUCGCUUACAAGCAGCCGAGGAUUCACUGAGAGCUGUGGUGCCUACUUGCAGUAAUAUGAUCAAGGAAUUUAAAGGUAUAAAAAGUUCUAAAAUAG